ACGCGCGCCGCGCCCGGAGGGCCGCCCUCCGCCCCGCCCGCCGUCGCCCCGCUGCCGGGCCGCCCACCGUCGCCACAGCGCUCUGCCCCCGGGUAUGGGUUGUCAAGGCCCAGCCCGGUUACGCCCCUCGGUGCCCGCGGGUGGUUCGCCCUCUACCCCGGCGCGCGGGCAGGGCCUUCUCCGUCAUAAGACAAAGAUGACCACAACUCUUCAUGACAUGGUAGACCAACUGGAACAAAUUCUCAGUGUGUCAGAGCUUUUGGAAAAACAUGGACUUGAGAAACCUAUUUCAUUUGUUAAGAACAUUCAGUCUAGCUCUGAAGAGGCUCGCAAGCUGAUGGUUAGAUUGACCAGACAUGCCGGUCGGAAGCAGCCUCCUGUGAGUGAGUCUCAUUGGAGAACCUUGCUGCAAGACAUGUUAACCAUGCAGCAGAAUGUGUACACGUGUCUGGAUCCCGAUGCUUGUUAUGAGCCUCCCCCUGCCAUGGAAAUGAGAGAUGAGCCAGUUCAGGACUUUGGGUCUCUUCUCAUCUUCCACCAGACCAUCAUGGAAUCUGAAAUAAAUCCUAGAGGGUAAAUGGAGCAAAGGUUGAAGAUCUCACCUGGGAGCCUCUGAAAGACAGGGAAGCUGAGGCCCAGGAGGGAAGACAACUUGCCCAAGAUCAAAGCAGAAACACUACUGGAACUAUGGUUUGAGCCUACUGAGUCUUAGUUUCUGAGAAUAGUCUCAGAAAAAGAGAAUUCAGAAAGAAACAGUGGCUCUUUGGAGUAUAAGACCUCCAUCAGGGGACAAGAGCUUAGCCUGUGGUCUAGUAAAAAGAGUAUAAACUUUGAAGUCAUAAAGAUCUUGGUCAGUCGGGUGUGGGGAUACAGGCCUGUAUUCCCAGCAAGUAGGGAGGCUGAGGCAGGGGGAGACCAGACUUAGCAAUUUAGUGAGACCCUGUCUCAAAAUAAGAAAUCAAAAGGGCUGGGGAUGUAGCUCAGUUGUAAAUAGCCCUUAGGUUCAAUUCUCAGUACCUCCCCCCCCCCAAAUGAAACAAACCUCCUCAAGUCUUAAAGAGGACCAGUGAAGCCAUAGUACCACUGCCUAUAAUUUAAUUUCAACGAGCCUCCACUUUCUAAUUUAACUCAUAAAUUGUAGAUUGCAAAAAGAUAACCAGUCACAUAUACUUAGUGCUCCGCCCAGUGUUACUACAUAUAGAAGUUUCCUUCCUCCCUCUCCUGUCUUUGCAUAAUCAACAUGGUAACAGGUCUAUUUAACACCAGCUUGAUCUCCUUUUUAAGGAGAUAGAUUUUUUUCCUCUGAAGAAUGCAGCCCUGAUUUCUUCCCAUCAUAGCCCAAUGUCAAGUGCUAAAGGAGGCAUUCCAUCUAUGCUAGAAUUAUUAGUCAGGUGCAAGGCAGCAGCUUGCUGGCUUCUUCUGGGGGUUAGGUCUAUAAAGAUGAAGACAGCCACACAAUGUGCCUGUUUAUGUCCUUAUUGGUGACAGUGACUUAUACCACAUGGCUGACUAUACCUAGAUGAGGGCUGGGAGAUCACAAUCUCCAGUUUAACAGGGAUUAAUUUAGUAUCAAUUCUAUACAAUGAAAGGAGGUACACUGCCAUCUCAAUCUUACACACACAUGACAUAACAUCUUUCAUUACAAACAAUUAAUUCAUUGAGAGUUUAUAUUAUUUUCUAAAAUAGAGUCUUAAAAUACUGGUGCUUUCUUAAGUUAUUGUAAAAUUUGUGCACUGUCAAUGUAAUCUGGUGGCCUCUUUAUCCUAAUUUCAAAGUCUAUCAGAUUUCAAAACUGGUCCAAGUUUUCUUUUCGUUCCUUUGUUUUAAAUUUUCCUGGCCUCGUCUGAUCCUUGAAAUCUAGCUUCCUCGGUUUCAACCCACAUUGACUGGCUGAAGCUCAGACUUUUAGGAAUUAGAGGUACUUCACUAGAGCAAGCAGAUAAUGGUGAGGGAGGAAAGGAGAGAAAGGGAAGGUAUGGGAAAUGAGAUUAAUGACAUUAUCUUAUGUGCAUGUACAAAGAUGCAUGAUGAGUCCUGCUAUCAUUCACUGACAAAAUGUUUUAAAAAUUAAAAAAAAAAUAACACACUGGUAACACUAAAAUAAAUCUUACAAAAAAGAAUUAAAGAUACCUUUUCCAUUCUUUAAAAAAAAAAAAAAGAUGAAGAUAGCCUAGGGAUGAGUCUGAAAGCCCCAGGAUGACCCCCAGUAAGCCAGCAAUGAGAGGACUAGAAGCUAUGUAGGUAGCCCUGAGGCCCAGGGAUAUACUCAGCUUCGUGACCCAGUGAAUGCAGAGAUCUCUAGGGAAAGUUCUGGAAGCAGGGCGUGGAUAGCCAGAGAGAAGUGGAGGCCUACAUUUGAUGACUAUAGAGAUGAGAGAACCAUUCUCCAUAGUGAAAGUUUGAGGCACACAGCUAUGUUAUCUACAAAAAUGUUGGGAGUUGGGUAUUCAGAAAAAGGAAGGCUGAGACUUGGAAGUGGAAGUGAAGGGAAAGGCAGGGUGGUCUCCAAGGCAACAGGAAAGGAAACAGAACAUUCUACCAUAUUUGAGAGUAAGAAUAGUCAAAGGAAAAGCUUAGAGUAUGUGACCCUGGCUUGGAACUAGGGGAAGUUAACCACUAACAGAAACAGAAUGGUUUCAGCAUUAUAAAAAAUAAUAGCAGGGCAUAGCAAGCAGAACAGGCCCAAAACUGGCAAAUUUAAAGCACACUUGAGAUUCAUGUGUCCUUGAAAGGAAUCCAGGCAUUCCUGGGUUCUUCGUGGUGCCAAGGGAAAACAUAUGGCAAAGUAACCAGGAGACAGCCACAAUUGGAGCAAAGUAGUGGACCACCCAUACUGAAAAUCACCUGUGAUUAAAGUGAAAGGUGGGUCCCUGUCAGCAGGAACAAAGCACAGGAGAUGGACUCACCAUUAGAUAUCAUCAAUAAGGCAAUGAAGAGAGACUGGUAUUAAAAGACAAAACCACAACAAUUUAGAUUAAUAAUCUUAAAUGACUUUAUUUUUUAUUCUAAAAUCAGGCAAGUCUUCACUCCACAGAAGAGAAAAAGGGUUCCAAUGGGCAAAGCAGAAAAGGUCAGUUUUAUAAACAGAGAAUAAAGAAAGCAAAAACAAAAGAACAAAAAGCAGAUUCAUCAUUUCAAAACAGUUCUUAGUAAGAUGGGAAUAGACAAUAGAAAAAUUAACUGAUGGAUAAAUUUCAGAUCACUUUAGGAUAACUUCUUUGUGUAAGGAUUAAGGUAGAGGAAACUUUCACUACUUUGUCAAGUGAAAGUACCCUAUUUGGGAAAUUUGGCUGCUACCUCUCUCAUCCUAAUUUCUCAGAAGAUAAGAAAAAAAAUUAGCUUAUUUGCAGUUUUGUGACAUGAAACUUUAGUGUGUGACUCCAUUUAGGUUUCUAACCUGGGCUAUUACAGGUUCUCAUUUCAAAGCAAUGUAAUGUUUAUUUGACAUUGGAAACAUCAGAGAAGCAAGUAGAACAGAAACCUACCUGGGCAACUUAUCAAGAUCCUGGCUCAAAAUAAAAUUUUAAAAAGAGGUAAGGAGUCUACUAGAUCAGUGGUAGAGUGCUUAUCUAGCAUGAUAGAGACCCCAGGUUCAAUCCCCAGUACCACCAAUUAAGUUUAAAAAAAAAAAAAAAAAGAGGCUGGGCAUGGUGGUGCAUGCCUGUAAUCCCAGCAGUUUAGGAGGUUGACACAGGAAGAUCACAAGUUCCAGGACAGCCUCAUCAACUUAGUGAGGCCCUAGGCAAUUUAGCAAGACCCUGUCUCAAAAUUAAAAAGGGCUGGGGAUGUAACUCGCAUCCCUGGUACCAAAAUCAAUGAAAUAUAAAAUAAAUAAGUUAGAGAAUCACACAAACAGCCCUGUGGAUGUAUGUACAAGGACUCUUUCCAAGCAUAAGUCCAGAUCAUCACAUCCCCAAUGGUAUCCAUGGAAAGUGAAAUAGGAAAUCUGAAUGAGAGGACAUAUAUCCAAAAGAAGUGGAACUAUAAGACAUAAUUCAAAUUUGAAAAAACUAAGAUACAUUAAAUGGGGAGUAGGAUUCUCAGAGCAAGAUUAGAUCAAUUUUCAGUUGGGGGGGGGGUCUGAGUAAGAUCUUUCUUUUCUUUCCUUUUUUUUUUCCCUCCAAGUGCUGGGGAUGGAACCUCAGGCCCACUGUAGGCAAGCCCUCUACCACUGAGCUACAUUCUCCACCUCUCUGGAAAUACUUUUGAGUGUCACAGACAGAGGAAAUCACAGUUAGAGAUCCAGAACAUUCUAUCAUUCAGAGAACAGUACCAUACACAAAGAAUUACCCAACUCAAAAAUACAAUAGUUUUGAGGUGGAGAAACUUGGUCUAAGGGUAAUGAUUCCCCCUUACCUGAAACUGCUAUUAGACUGACCUAUUUAAGUAUAUUAAGAUGUCAAAUGAAGUUUGCAAAAGAUUACUGGAAAGUUCUUCCUGAUCUCUGGAGGCCACCUUCUCUUUCUCUCUCUCUUUUUUUUUUUUUUUUUGGUAUCAGGGAUUGAACCCAGGGCCGCUCAACCACUAAGCCCCAUCCCCAGCCCUUUUUUUUUAUACAUUUUAUUUCGAGACAGGGUGUCACUAAGUUGUUUAGGGCCUUGCUGAGUUUCUGAGGCUGGCAUUGAACUCAUGAUCUUCCUGCCUUAGCCUCCCAAGCUGCUAGGAUUGGUAUGUGUCACUGCACCCAGCUUACCUUCUUUCUUGUUGGUAGAAGUGAAGUUAAUAAAUGCUACUGACAACUGUGCCUUUCUGAAGAUGUUCACACACAGAGAGGAAAGCACAGCCACUAGAUGAAGCUGGCACAGAAGACUGUCUGGACACUAUUUUGUGAAUCAAUAAAUGUCCUCAUUGUUUAAACCAGUUUAAAUUAGGUUUUUCGAACCCAAAUCCCUAUACUUCUUAAGUGGCUCAAGAAGUAUUCUAGCUAGGUGCAAUGGUGCACGCCUGUAAUACCAGUGACUCCGGAGGCUGAGCAGAAGGAUCACAAGUCCAAGGCGAGCCUCAGAAACUUAGCAAGACCCUCAGCAACAUGGCAAUACCCUGUCUCAAAAUUAAAAAUAGAAAAGGCUGGGAAUGUAGCUCAGUGGUAAAGUGACCCAGGUUCAAUUGCCAGUACCAAAAAAAAAAAGAAAAAAGUAUUCUUAUUUAAUUAGAUUUUUCACCCCUGGUACUGGAGACUGAAUCCAGGGCCUCACGCAUGUUAGGCAAGUGCCCUACCUCUGAGUUACAUCCCUAGUUCUAUUUGAGAAAUUAAAAGAAAAAAAAUUAAAGGCAUUAUGAUGUUGAAAACUUGGCAAGCUGAGUAUGGUAGCAUAUGCCUAUUAUGUUAAAAACAGACUAGAGGAGGAUAAAGGUGGAAACUGCUGAUUUCAGCAAUCCAGGCAAGUCAUGGUGAUGACUAAGAAAGACCAUGUUGCAAGCAGAAGGAGUGUCCAGAAGUCACUGAACUCUGACCACAUUUAUCUUUUAUUUCCCCUGGAUAUAUAUUUAAAGGAAGAACGAUAUUACAUGCUAACAAAAUGCUUGAAAGCAUUCAAAGAAAAAAACGUGGCUGAUAAAGCUAUGAAUAUAAUUCCUGCACUUCGGAAACCACAGCUCCACAGGAAAAGGGGCAUUGGUUUUGUUAAAGGUUGGAUUGUCAAGAUAUAAUAUUAAAUCUUCUGGCUUAAGAUAGAUGACAUAUUGUAACAUAAGAAGCAGUAUUAAUGUCUUCUGAACAUUGGGUAAUAGUGUAACAGUGGUCUACUUUAUGCUUUGAAUAUAGCCCUUGCUGCUCUGCCACUGUGACUUUAAAGGGGACAUGUUUAUUUCUCUUCCUCUCUCCCUUCUCCUCCCUAACCUCAGGAGAAACAGGAAUACCUUUCUUCCCCAUCCCAAGGAGUUAUCUAUCCUUGAGCACACACCUACCACUGGAACAAAGUAAUUCAGACUUAGGGAUGGCACCAAAAGAAAUGACAACAGGGAAAGCAGCCAUUCAGUCAGGGAUAUCCAUCACUGGGGCAGAGCAAUCCUUGCUAUAACAGUAUCCCAUCAAACUAAAUGCAGGCACUGGGACUGUAGCUCAGUGGCAGAGCGCUUGUGUGAGGCACUGGGUUCAAUUCUUAGCAUCACAUAAAGAUAAACAAAUAAAAUAAAGGCAUGCUGUCCAUCUAAAACUAUAAAAAAAAUUUAAAAAACUAAAUGCAUAAGGAAAUUGGUAGGAUAAACAACUGCACUCAGAAAUAAAAAAUAAAUAAAUAAAAGUAGAAAUUAAAGCCAAUCCCAAGUUUUGCUGGCAACCUCCGCAAAGGGAUCUUCAAGAAUGCCCAAAGAAAAGGAUGGAAAGGGCCUCUUCUAUUGACCAUCAAUAUGCCUAGUGUAAGAAAAUGGUGUGAAAGGUGACUUGGGGUACAGUUGACCAUUGGGGAACUCAAAGUUGGUGGCAUUAUAAUAAAGAUAAGGGAGACAGGUCAGGCUCAAAAAUAUCCCGUGCUCCAACCCCUUGAAUCCAACCUAGAAGAAAAAGAUUAAGGUACAGUUUUUCUAUAUGCCAAAUUGUCUGGUCCUCUCCUGGGAUAAAAUUUGUUGAGUAAUUACAUGCACAUAUAAUAUUCAUAAAGAUUAUUUCAAAAUAUGAAUUUAAGAGAGGGUCUGAAACUAGAAAAGAAAUGUAAGAAAGUUAUAGGUAUGGAAAUAUAUUUUAGUCUUAGAAGGUAAAAGAAAUUUCUGGAUGAUGAAGUAUUUUAUCUGAUAAAGUAAUAUUCUUGCGCUAAUGACCAAGAUGAAAGAGAGGACAAAACUAAGGAUGUAAACAAGUGUAGAAUGGCUAAAUAAGUUGCAGAAGGUUUGUGAAGGUACAUCUGAAAAAGUUUGUGUGAUUAAAUUGGCUGUAAUUAGCAUAGUCAAAGUUAUUCAAAUUUUAAUGCAAUGAUAUGAAGCAAAGUCUAGAACAUUUAUCUGCUCUUUUAAAGUCUUUUAAAUGAUUACUUCAUAACUAGUUAAAUAAGCAACUUCUAUUUUAGGUUACUACAAUAUAGUUGACACCCUGAAUACAUGUUACCAGAGAUAAGUAUACAUCUGAGAAUUGUGUUUGCCUGAGCCUGGUCUAAGUGUUACGUAAGUUCAUAAAAUGAAAGUUUAUGUAGGUUUACUAGCAAGGUAACUAAUAAAUGUUCUUUUAUACUUUGUAUCUGACAUAGAAGGGCCACAAUGCCAUUUGAAGACCUGGCUUAUAUCUAUUUGCUUUGACUAAGCCUAUUCCUGAUUAUUAAUAGUUUCCUAAAUAUAUGAGACUUAAGGCUAUUCUUUGAUUUUUGCUAGUAUGAAGACUCAUGAUUAUUGUUACCAUAUACAAUGUGGACUCUAAAUUUUACUUUUAAGUUAAACUUAGUUAAUAUAGGGACAUCUAUGCAAUUGUAAUGCUAACCAUUACUAGCUUCUUUGAAUAGUAAAUGAGUUUAUGUUCUUCAAAUAUAUAAGCCAUCUAAAUGUAAGCUUAGAAGAGCAAUUUACCAGGUUGGUGUUCUCUAAACUAAAAUUAUCUGUAGCAAUAAUCACCCUCAGGUUUAUAUAGAAAUAACAAAUUUGGUUGGUAUUUACUUAUGUCAGUUAAUGUUUUGUAACUGGAUAAAAGUAACCCAUUGUCAAUAAAUUACAUAUAAAAUUUUGUGGUACUCUUUA